AUGUCGUACCGAGCUGUGCCCAGCAGCCCCGAACGCCUAAGGAACUCAGUGUCACAACAGAUGACCAACGCGCUGCAUCGCGAUUCCAGCCCGUUGGAACGUUCAGAGCACGUUUUUGCGGAACCCAAUAGCGCUCUGAGGUAUCCUCCAGGCCCAUCCUACGAAUACGGAGUGACUGCCAGCUCUUCGCAAAACAACUAUCAAGAACCAGGCGCAGAACUACCAGUGAGCCUCGAGGCCUCCGCCAACGCUCUCAGCUGCUUUGGCUUUUCUUCGUGCGAAGAAGACGCUGACGGAGAGCCAGACGAGUCCUUCACAUCGCAGCAUUCCUUCUGGACGACUAACCCCGGCGACACGUCUGCAAGCACCGUGGACACUGUCGACUUGGAUGAGCCCAUUCCUCUGCUGGGUAGAGACGGUCAAUGGAAAGGCGGUACAUCGCCAUCAAAGGCUGCGCAAUACUAUUCCCUGCAAAGUCAAAACAUUAGUCGUAGGUCCGCCUCACGAGCAGAUCAUCCAUUGUACCAUGAAGAUCGGGUCGAGAAUUCGCUGGUUUCUCGCAGUGCUCCCUACCAGGGAACGCGUCUCAAAACAGCCGCAGCCGAAACCGACACUCAAACUGGCUUUGCCUUUGACUCGGCAGAAAAGAGGAAAGAUGUUCAGCAGGACAUGCAGCUGCAGGACGGCUCCAUGGCGAACGAUGCUGUUGGUAAGGCGGAACGGGCCAGCAAAAAGCAGUCCCAGCGCUCGACUUCGAGCAAAAAGGCCAAGUCCAGCAAGACGAUCAACUCCGCCGUGCCUCGACAUGCUAGCAGCGAAGUGGGCAGCGGCUCUUCAGCACGAUGUUUCUCGUCUCCGGCCUCGUCCUUGGGGAGAUACCGUCUGCGAAGGAAAGAAAGCGUUCCUGUGCUCAGCCUUACAGAGCUUCUCACCCCACCACCGAUCAAGCCGGCUUCCCCCUUCAACGAAGCCGGUACUGGUCCUGUAGACUGGCACGAUGAGGACAGGCAUUAUCCUGUUCAGCCCCUCCAGUACAAUCGCGAGGCUCGUCGCCAUAGUCAGCACGCAGAACAUCAACCACAUGAAUUGAAAGAAGGGGAAAGCCCACAGGACAGAGCGCAUGGCAGCGGAAGCGGACAAAGUGAUGGUGAAGAGGCUGCGGUCGGCGACAUUAACCUCAAAAUGGACCCAGAAGAGGCUGCUCAAGACCAGCUCGAAGAGACUAUGCAACCAGCGCCCGUUCGCAAUCGAGGUACGAGGACGUUUCCUCGCACCUGGGAAAUCCACCCUGACUUUCCCCUGCUCUACCAACGCUACUCGGUGCCAUCCUCUGUCAGUCCUGAGGUGCUCGAGAUGCUCCUUCGCCAUCUCGACUUUGCCGAGAUCGACGAACACUUUAACGAGAUCGUAGACAGGGAUCAAAGGAGCCACGGUGCUUUCAAUAGGCCACGUUCCAUCCUGGAUCUCUACACACCUCGCUUUGUGAAGGGUGUCAGUGCACAGAAGGUGGGCAUGUGCCCUAUAUGCUACGAGGAUGGAGAAGUCAAUUUCCUCAAGACCAAGUUUUCGGCCUACAAUUAUCAUCUGCAGAACUUCCACGGCGUCUCUGCGUCUACAGGGUUGCCGUUCAUUCCCCCGACGCACUUUCGAGGAAAGAGGCGGACCCACGUCAAGCACUCUGAGCGAGCGCAGAUCAUUCAAGGACUCUGCCAUUGCUGCGGCAAGUAUAUUGACAUGCAAGGACCCAAGGAUACCGAGAUCAAGGUGCCCGAGAUAUACUGGUGGAAACACGCCCAGGUGUGCCAUAGAAAGGGGACGACACCUGAAGGUGUCGGCGGCUAUUUUGUCGAGGAUACUUGGUUCGAGAGGGUGUGCGGUGUUCUCGAGUUGAUCGACGGUUAUGACUCCGAGAUCAGCAAGUUGCUUUCUGACAGCAAGUAG